AUGUCGGUCACUCAGCGGUCCAAGAAAGCCCGAUUGACUCAUCAGCAGAUGGCGAUAUCUUCGAUGUUCCAGCCUGGUAUGAAUCCUAUGGCCAUGAUGAAUCCGAUGGCGAUGAUGAAUCCCGCCAUGGCGGCCAUGUUUCAGCAGAUGUCAAACCCCUCAGCCCCAUCUGGAUUGACGAUCAAUCUGCCAGCUCACACAGAUGAUGCUCUCGUCGAAGGAGGAGAAGAGCAAGGUGAAGAUGGCGGUGAGGAUGAGGAACAUGGGGAAGAUGUGCAUCAGGCCGUUUUGACAAAUGAGAGUCAGAGGGCAGCAGUGACUCCAAAGAAGUCAGCGCCACCAGUGAGACCAAUGUCGUCAAACCCGACAGCAGGACCCUUUCCACAGUCUCAGACAAAGGAGCCUCAGGAGGAGACUUCUGAUGUCAUCAAUGAAGCAGUGUCCCGGGUCAUGGCCACCAGGAACGCGCUUUUCAAGGCUACAAAGGGAGAGAUCCCGAUCCCGCGGAGCAUCAAGUACUUAGGUGCAAUGCCGAAGGUGAGGCUAUCUCAGGCCAUUGAGGCAUGCGACCCUGACCUGAAUGCCACAGCCACAUCAAGUCUGACUGAAGACGGGUUGCGACGAGUUCUUUGGUGUUUGACAAGGCAACGACCACUUGUGCCGAUGAGUGGUCUUCAGGUGACACUCUACAACGAACUGUUCGCCAGAUUGCUUGUCCGUCAUCAGCAACUUGUGCGUCGGACCGUGAAUUCCCAGUCGGACUCACUUGUUGACUCACUUGUUGGACGACAAUGCAAGGAUCUGAAGAAUGAAACUGAAUUGGUUGACAGUCUUGUCAAGCAGCUCACUGACUCUUGGGGUUUUGAUCAGGGGUGGCUUGAUGAACUCCAUGCGAUUCUGAAGAGACAUGCAGAAGCCAAGACAAAAUCCAGGGCAAAGGCAAUCGGAGCACCUGCUGCAAUGCCUGAACUUUUGCAGGCCAGACCAUUGAUGCAGGCAUUUGCCAAGGCUGGGGCACCUGCACCUCGUGCUGGAGUGCUGAGGCCUUCAGUGACUUCAGAUCCACCAUCAGUGCCUGAUGAUGCCGCAGUGACUGCUGAUGCCAGCCAGCAUGUGGAGAGUCGUCAUGUGGAGAAUCAGUCUGUGUCAGUGCCUGAGCCUGGAGAAGCCUUCGAAGCCGGUGAGGAUCUAGGCCAUGUUGAUCAGCCAGAAGACAGUGAUUUGCCUCAGUGCUGCAUUUGCCAGAAGAUCAUGAAUCACCGCACUGAAGAGCUGAUGGCGCUGGAGUGCUCCCAUGUCUUCCAUGUUGCUUGCAUCACUGAGUGUUGGACGAAACUCGGCAAGCCACAGUGGUGGUGCCCAUACAAGUGCACGGAGCAUGUAAGCAAUGUAGAGGACGAUGACUGGGUCAUGGGCAAUAAUGACGAUUCAGCAGUUGGCGCUCCUGAGCAACCCCCCCAGAGAGGGUUGUUUUUGAAAUCCACGGGAUGCCUUCCCCCAGAUAGACACACGACAUGUGAUUGA